UUGGAGGAGUUGAACUACCUUAAUCAAUUGAAGUACAUUUUGGAAAAUGGCAAGAAGAAAGCUGACAGAACCGGCGUUGGAUCAGUAUCUGUCUUUGGCUUACAGAGUCGGUAUAAUCUGAGGAAUGAUUCGUUUCCAUUAUUUACGACAAAAAAGGUUUUUUGGAAGGGAAUCAUCGAAGAAUUGCUUUGGUUCAUUGCCGGGCGAACCAACUCGAAACUGCUUUCUGAAAAAGGCGUUCGUAUCUGGGACGCCAACUCUUCUCGCGAAUUUCUAGAUUCAGUGUCACUUCAGCAUUAUGAAGAGGGUGACCUUGGACCUGUCUAUGGCUUCCAGUGGCGACAUUUUGGCGCCGAAUACAAGGGUAUGUAUCAGUGUUACGAUGGGCAGGGGGUUGAUCAAUUGCGGCAAUGCAUUAACCUGAUCAAACACGACCCGAUGAGCAGGCGCAUUAUGUUAACGGCUUGGAAUCCAUGUGACUUGUCGAAAAUGGCACUGCCCCCAUGCCAUUGUCUUGUGCAGUUUUACGUCGCCGAUUCCGAACUUUCCUGCCAGAUGUAUCAGAGAAGCGCAGACAUGGUUGAGCAUUUAGACGACUCAUGUUUUCUACGACCAGCAUUUGUUUUUUAUCUUCUUCAGGGCUUAGGAGUGCCUUUCAACGUUGCCAGUUAUUCGCUGCUCACAAGAAUGAUCGCAAGCAUUACUGGAUUGAAGGCAGGCGAUUUUGUCCACACAAUCGGCGAUGCUCAUGUGUAUUUGAAUCAUGUGGAUGCCGUGAAACAGCAGAUCGAACGAUGCCCAAGGCCGUUUCCUAAACUGGUAAUCAAACGAAAAGUGACCGCUAUCGAAGAAUUUACUGCCCAAGACUUCGAUUUGAUUGGCUACGAUCCUCAUCCACCGAUUCACAUGAAAAUGGCAUUAUAGAA